CGGACUUUGGGCUUUCGCGCGAGGUGGAUUCCUCGUCUAAUUACUACCGAAUGGAAUCGACCGGGCGUGUUCCGGUUCCGUGGAUGUCUCCGGAGGCGCUUGAAGAGAGGAAGUUCGCGCAAAGCUCAGACGUAUGGUCGUUCGGGGUAACCAUGUGGGAGAUCUUCUCCAACGCCAACACUGUGCCGUAUGCGGGACAGAGUUUCUACACGCUGUUGAACUACAUCAAAACGGGAGGCCGGUUGCUGAGGCCCGAGAACUGUCCGCAG